AUGGCCUCUAAGCCCGCAAUCGAAUAUGAUGCCAUCAUUGUUGGCAGUGGCUUUGGUGGUUGCUACCUCCUCCACAAGCUUCGGACAGCCGGUUUCAAAUGCCUUGUCAUCGACGACGCCGCCGACCUUGGCGGUGUCUGGUUUUGGAACUGUUACCGAGGUGCCCGGGUAGACACUCCUGUGCCCCUCUACGAGUUUUCCGACCCAGAUCUUUGGAAGGACUGGACCUGGUCCGAGAGGUACCCUGGCCGUGACGAACUGCGUCGAUACUUUGAUCAUGUCGAAUCGAAGCUGCAUCUGAAGAAAGACAUUCUGUUCAACACUCGCGUGGUAUCCGCCGAUUUCAACCAAGCCGAUAACUACUGGAAUGUUCUAGACAAUGCCGCGGUCACUCGUACGGCGCGAUACUUUAUCCUCUGCACCGGGUUUGCUGCCAAACCAUUCAUCCCCACCAUCGACGGCAUCGAUACCUUCGCAGGCAUAUCCUGUCACACUUCCAAGUGGCCACAGGGAGGCAUCGAUUUCCACGGCAAGCGAGUUGGAAUUGUCGGAAACGGCUCAAGUGGAUUGCAGGUCAUCCAAGACGUCGCGUCGGAGGCAUCUCAUAUGACUGUUUUCCAACGCAGUCCGACAUAUGCCUUGCCGAUGCGUCAGACGCCGCUACAGGACAAGGACCAAGUCAAAGCCGAGUACGAGGAGCUUUUCGAACGCCGGAAGAAAAUGUUCGCGGGUCUGACUACCGAGUUUAACCCCCAGUCGGCCGUUCAGGUGUCCGACGAGGAGCGCGAGGCCUUUUUUGAGAAAAUUUGGACUCAGGGCGGGCUUUCAUUCUGGCUGGCUACCUACCAGGAUGUUAUUCGAGAUACCGAGGCGAAUAAAUACGCCUAUGAGUUCUGGCGUAAGAAGACACUGCCUCGCAUCAAGAAGCCCGGCCUCGCUGAACUGCUGGCCCCUGAAAAGCCUCCGUACUAUUUCGGAACGAAGCGGGCUACCCUGGAGCAAAAGUACUACGAAGUGUACAACAAUGACCAUGACGAUAGGGUUAGCCUAGUUGUCCCCAAUGGAGUCAUCACCAAGGAUGGAACCCUCCGGGAACUAGACAUCCUCAUUUUCGCCACUGGAUUCGAUUCCGUCACAGGAGGCAUCCUCUCCAUUGAUAUCAAGGGUGUUGAUGGGCUUCCUCUGCAAGAAAAGUGGAAGAACGGGACCUAUACUCAUCUCGGCAUGAUGACGGCGGGAUUUCCCAACAUGAUGUUCUUGUACGGUCCCCAGGGCCCGACAUCAUUCUGCAAUGGCCCAACAUGCGCCGAGCUCCAGGGUGACUGGAUCAUCAAGACAAUUAUUCACCUUCGAGACCAAAACCGUCACCACAUUGAUCCCACCGGAGAAGCUGAGCAGGAGUGGCGCACUCUCGUCAACCAAAUUGGUGAUAUGACCUUGCUCCCCCGAACCAAGUCCGAGUAUAUGGGCACGAAUAUUCCAGGAAAGCCAAAGGAGAUGCUGAACUUCCUUGGUGGUCUGGUCGAGUACACCAAGCACAUUGACAAUGCCUUCAACCAUGGAUUCCAGCAGUUCGUCGUGUACUGA